AUGAAGGUGUGGCUGCUGGUGAAGGUUUUGGCACUCAAGGUGUGUGCUCUGUCAUGUAUUCUGAAUGCAGCCACUGUCACCCUGGCCACCCCUUCCCCCCCGCAAGACAAUGGUGGUCACUGCUUCGAUGUUGACCCUUCUGCCACCAAACCCCCUCUGAACCACAAGCUCACAGUCGUCAUCAUUGAGGAGCCCUCAUUGGGAUUGCCGCCCCACGGCCCUCCGAACCAGAGAUGGCCUGUUGAGUAUCCACUCAGUAAAAUGGCCCAUUAUAUGGAGUACAACAUCAGAAAAGUGGAUUUCAAGGCGAUCAAAAAACACUUCCCCCAGCACAUAUUCCUACCCCACCACCAUCCAGUAGAAAGCGAUGUCAAUGCUGACGAUGAGGGCGAAGUUUCAGUCAUUAUGUGGGAGUGGCUUCUCCAUCAGGACACCGAGUUCUCACUCGUGUUUUUUCGCUACGGGGAGUUUGUUCGUGCUGUCCUGGGGGGCGACAACUCUGAAGUCUGGAGGUGUUUGUGCACUUCCGACCUUGUAAUUGGUGGAAUUGACUUCACAGAUGACUAUCAACAAUUAUCCGUCCUCAAAGGCAACCUAUCCAAGAUCAAAAAGUAUAGGAACCAGAUGGCACUCCUAACGAAGAGGACGGUCGUUUGGCCUGACCCCUGGGAGACACACCUCUACGGCUCCAAACUAGCCCUCAUAAACCACCUCGAUAUUCUUGCAGCAAAGGUGACCCACACUUUGAGACCAGUCACAAAACCGGUCAACAUAUUGGAGCCUGUGCAGACUGAAGAAGUGCUCAAGCGUGGACACAGUGCCUGGGGCAACCAUGUGUCUUUGCCUUCCCAGGAAGAUUCCCUCACUCGCUGGAAGAAAAUGGUGCCCAAUAAGGCCCUGGAAAAGCAGUGGUUCCCGAGUGUGUGGUUCUCUCAGCCGUUUCUGCAAUCUCUGCGAGAGAUUGGAGAGAUGCGGUGCUUCUUUUUCGGCAAGAAGCUCACCCACAUCGUGCAUACCCUGACGAGGGAGGAAAUCGGAAGAUUUGACUACGACAAGGUGCGGAGCACCAUACCCCUCAAGGACAUUCCAGCCAAGUUGGAGCUCCGGAAAAGAGAGCUGAUGAAGAGCCCUAAAGCACUCUCUCUUGCAUAUGCCUGGAUAGAUCCCGAAGAUCACGAAGAGAGUCACGUCGGCACGGGCCUCAAUGAGCUGCAAACAUUUGCUGAAGUAACCUUCAAAGGGUUGUGCCAGCUAGAACAGGGUUGCUCACCUACAGGCUCUUCGGACCUCACACUCUUCGCACGGAUAGACAUCGGGCUCAUCCCAGAUAACCAAGGCGGCUUCCAGUACUUUGUCAACGAGGUUGAGCGCAGCUGGGGCACCACGUUAUUCGGCUCACUGGAAAGCCAUGUUGUUGUCUCGGCUGUGCACCAAUUUGGGCAGUCACUUGCCGCUUGGGUUAAAGAGAAGCAUAUCGGAGCUGUUGAAGCUCACCAGGUCGGACUCAAUCGUCAAGGCAGUCUGCUUUAG